AUGUCGGCGCAAGCUCAGGUUGACAAUGAGGUGAAAGGCCGCCUGGCACUUGUCACUGGCGCUUCGGGAGGACUCGGCGCCGCCUGUGCACGCGAGCUCUACUCCCAGGGCUGCCACCUGGCUCUCACCUACUCGGCCUCCAAGGCUAAAGUCGACGAACUCAUUGCCUCCUUUCCGUCCGACUCAUCACGGCGAAUAUCGUCGCAUAAAGUUGACAUGGGCGAGGACAAAGACUUCGAUCGACUAUUCCAAGAAUUAGAGAAAGAGCACGGUCAGCCAGGCCCAGAUAUCUUAGUGUCCAAUGCUGGCCGCGGCGCCCGCAUCUCCUCCAUCAUUGACAUUCCAGUCGAAGAGUUUGACCUCACACUGCGAAUAAACCUGCGGGCGUCCUUCAUCUUGUGCAAGCUCUCCGCACCACACAUGAUCGCCAAGCACUGGGGCCGCAUCAUCCUCAUGGGCAGCAUAGCCGGCUAUGGUGGUGGGAUCAACGGGUGUCACUAUGCGGCGAGCAAGGCUGGGUUGAUGGGGAUGUGCAAGAACCUGGCGCAGAAGCUUGCGAAGGAUGGCAUCAGUGUCAAUGAUGUGGCGCCGGCGAUGAUAGGGGAGACGGGCAUGAUUCCGGACGCGAAGGCUGUGGAGGGAAGUCCGGGUGAUGUUAAGAACAUACCUGUUGGCAGAUUGGGUGUGCCGCAGGAGGUAGGCAACGUUGUAGGGAUGCUGGUCAAGACUGGAUACUUGACAGGGCAGUCGAUAGUGAUCGGAGGUGGGCUGAAAUGA